AUGGUUCCUGUUGGGAGAAAUCAAGAAAACAUCCUCCAGUGCCCAGCUCAUGGACCUUGCUAUAAGGCAUUUAUGACCAGCAACCCCAUGUCCUUAAAAUGUGGGGAGCGGCCAGCAGAGACCCCCAUCACCUGGCAGUUCCUGGAGGCCAGGGACCCCUAUAUCGAAGCUGUCACCUUCAUAUCGAGCAGCGGACCUGUGAACCUUACCAAAGGCCUUAGCACAGGACAGCAUCUGGCCUUCUCCAGCUUGAUGUCCCGCGCCAAGCUGGACUCAGGAGAUCUCGAGAUCACCUCUCCCAGAGUUGAGGACACGGGGGUAUAUAUCUGUAAAGAUGGGGAGAAGACCCUGGCCAGCUACGAGGUUGAUUUCCAGGAUGCCAGUCACAUUUAUAUCUCCCAUGCCAGCCUGAUGCAGAAUGCCCUGCUGAACACGGCCACUGAUCUUGGUGAAGACGGCACCUUGCAGAUGUUCACCGUGUGGAGUAAAUGGCAGCCCUGCGACCGAUGUAAAUCUCUCGGAGAAAGGAGGAGGAUUGGCUAUUGCUACGCCGAAGUCUCCAAAGAUGCCAUUCGACUGAGAGGACCCCUGCCCUGUGGCCUGGCAUGGAGGACCUUCAAGGGGGUCUCUGUCCACCGUCCCCCUGAACUGCAGUUCGAGGCAUGUUGGGAGGACUGUAGAGUCAAGCCGUCUACAGACACCGAAAAAGUCCCGAUUAUAGUUUUAGAUAACUACCAUACCUUGCUCCAUGCGGAUGUUUCUUUUACAUGCCCAGAAUCUACUAUCUACAAACCCGUAUAUUGGAUGCAUGGAAGAAAAUCCAUCACGCGUCUGCAGCAGAUGCUCAAGAAGACAUUGUACACCUUGGACGGCCCAACCGGAGGCGGGACCUUGUCUAUCCAUAUGCUCAAUAAGACUGAGCGAGGGUUGUUCGAUUGCUAUGUGGACCGCAGACUGACCGAACGAUUUACCGUAAUUUUUCCGGAUAUAAAGGGUCCCCCGGUACCAGAGCAUCUGCACGCAGACCGCAUUGCCGACAUCAGCGGCGAGGACAAUGGUAAUGCCGGGACUGACACUUCCUCCGCUGUGCACUGA